ACUUGAAGGCUCGAACAAUAACGUCAUCAAUCAGCGCCAGUAGAAUAAUGAGCCGCAAAUGUACUUUUAAGUCAGCCCUUUCUUGAUUACAUUUAUUUCUAAUAUAAAUAUAGCAACGCCAAGGAACAAAUAACGAAGUCAAGGGCUUUUGGUGCGUUUAUAGCUGACCGGAAGCGAUGGCUUUCCUCGGGAAUCUGAGACCGUUGAUGUCAUCUCUCACGAACGUGUCCCAGUGUCUCUCGUCCCUUUGGGCCCGGCCCCCCCUCUCCAGAACCAUGGCGACGCUGAACCAGAUGCACCGGAAGGGCAAGCCCCCCGCGCCCCCCCGCCAGCCAGGGGCCACUGGGGGCCGGCCCCAGCUGAAGGGCGUGGUCCUGAAGACCCUGAUCCGCAAGCCCAAGAAGCCCAACUCGGCCAAUCGCAAGUGCGCCCGCGUGCGGCUGUCGGACGGCCGGGAGGCGGUGUGCUUCAUCCCUGGGGAGGGACACAGCCUGCAGGAGCACAACGUGGUGCUGGUGCAGGGCGGCCGCACACAGGACCUGCCGGGGCUCAAGCUCACUGUGGUGCGCGGCAAGUACGACUGCGCUCACGUGGUGAAGAAGAAACAGUGACCCUGGGGCCAGCUCCGCGCACGGUGCGUCAGUCAGUCCCUCACGGUGCGUCAGUCCCUCCUGCUCCCUGCGGUCCAUCAGUACCUCCUGCUCCGUGCUGCACUUCCUGAACAACUCUCUGCUAACUUUCUGUGUGUGCCCGGGCACAGUGGACCUUGCCAUUGAACCUUAUGUGGAGUGAUGUAUUUAAUAAAAAAUGAUUUUCCUUU